AUGAGCGGACAUCCUACUCAGGAAGAUCCCCUUCCAAUAACAAAUACGCUCUUCCCCCCUCCUCCAGCUUACUGGCAAUCGUUCACCGAAACGAAUAUCCAGCGGUACGAGUCUUUGACAGGCACUUCGUUCUUCGACAUCCAAGGUGAUGAAGUGAAGGCGGAUAUGGAUUCAGAUCUGGGCGAAGAGGAAACCAAGGAACUGGAAGAAUUGAAAUUACGUUUGAACAGACCUAGGAAUGAUUGGGUCGAGGAAGAUGGAAGAUGGAUGAGUUUCGGUACUCUCUUCAACAUCAAACCUACCAUCCCAACAAUCAAAGAUAUAGGGCUACCUCCCUUGUUCCAAUCGACUACCACACCCGAAGAAUCAUUACCUAAUUUACUGUCGUCUUUCCUCCAUACCAUCUUGUUGUUGUUGGACGUCCUAACUACAUCUGCUAGAACACCGGAUGAGUUGAUGCAUGCUGGAUGGGCACAUGAGGGCGAUCAGUACAUCCAACACCUUUCGAACCUCGCGGCAAGCAUGAUGAUCCAUUCCAACUCACUUCGUCAGAUGCAGAGUGAAAGUACCUUGAUACUCAUGAUGGAGAAGGAGAUAGAAGAGAGAAAGAAACAGACCGAUGUGCUAACAAGGAAAUGUAAAGAGAUUUCAACGAAUAUCAAACGACUGAAAGAGAUUAGAAAUUAA